AGAUGUUAAUGUUAAAUCAGCCCUUCUCUAUUUUGGGGACGUUGUUUCUGCACAUAAUUAGCAGCAUUUUAUAGGUUUCAAAAGGCUCUCACAUGAAUAUCUCAUUAAGAACUCCCUACCACUGUGACAUAUGGGCAGGAAUCAUUCGUUUUUUUUUCUCUUUGUUUAAUGGAUAAAAAUUUAUCUUCAGAGAGGUUAAUUUACUCAAUGUCACACAGGUGGACUGAAACGCAAAAUUUUACCCUCCACAUCCCACGUUCUUGCCGCUGCAUACAUGGAUCAUCCAGUCUGGGACCUCGUUGUCAGCUAUGUCAAGGACACUCUGUUAGCACCCUGGAUUCCUUCAUGCAUCAUCCUUCCCUCCACAGACCAUGCCAGAUGCGAACACUGAAUUGGCUACAACACAUGCAUUGCAGGAUGUUGAGGACCACUUCUCCUAUGGUCCUAAUGCUUUACUUGGUAAAAUGUCUUUCUUCUUGACAUGGAUCAAAGCUAUUUUUAUCAUUGCCUUGGCAUUUCCUCAUUAUUCUGAAACUUCUUUUGAACCUUUACCAGAAAUUCGUCAAGUGCCAAGCUGUGAUGUGUAUAUACAUCAAUCACAUUUUUGCACAAGAGAAAAGGAUCCAGUCUGUGCAACCAAUGGCCAAACUUAUUCCAAUACAUGUGUUUUCUGCAGUGAACAAUUGUAA